CUCUGCUUAAAACUUAUUGAUGAAAUCAUCGAUUCUCGUGUCACCUCAGCAUCGCCCUUUGACGCCCCCUGCUCCCUCACCGUCGCCGGCUGCCACGACUCCACGAUCUUCUCCUCCUCGAAAUGCCUGAACGUUGAUUUCAAGCUCGUCGAUUUCCUCAUCUUGUCCCAAAAGGUCAUUUUGCUGUUCAUGUUGGUGCGAAUAAAAAAAAACGCGAUUUGUAAAUCCAGUCUCUUCAUUAUUCAUUUCAAGAGAUGUUUCAAGCCGAAGAAGAAUUCUGUUUUCAAGCCAAAAAAGGAUAUUUGUUAUCAUUGA